GGGGCUGCGCGCGUUGGAAACGUGUGGCCGGAGCUGGGAUGGGAGUAGGAGCCGCCGAGCGAGCAGAGCCGGAGACCAGCCGAGAAGCAGCCGCAGCCGCCACCGCCGCCACCGUCUGCCUCAGGCGCCAGCGGCCGUCGGGUCUUCCCCACCUCUGAGGCGCGCGCCUUUCCCCGCUUCAUCAGACCGACGUCCCCGCCGGGCUGCCCUCGCCGGAAGAAGCUCCCUCCGCGCCACCAUGAACACCAUCGUCUUCAAUAAGCUCAGCAACCAGAUGCUCUUCGAGGAAAGCGCCAAGGAGAGGGACAGGAGCAGCAGCCGGCCGUACACGGGGGUCCUCGACGUCUCGCCCCAUCCGGAGGUGCUCAUUCCUGACAGCGCGUCCAUUAAAGACAACCUCAGCCUUCGGCACAGGAGGACAGGCACUCGGCAGAACAGUGGGAAGGUGAGACACAAGCGCCAGGCUCUGCAAGACAUGGCACGGCCGCUGAAACAGUGGCUGUACAAGCACCGAGACAAUCCGUACCCCACCAAGACGGAGAAGAUCUUGCUUGCUCUUGGCUCCCAGAUGACUCUGGUGCAGGUAUCAAACUGGUUUGCCAAUGCCAGGCGUCGCCUUAAAAAUACUGUCCGGCAACCAGACCUCAGCUGGGCUUUACGGAUAAAGCUGUACAACAAGUAUGUUCAAGGAAAUGCUGAAAGACUUAGUGUAAGCAGCGAUGAUUCAUGUUCAGAAGAUGGUGAAAACCCUCCAAGAAGCCACAUGAAUGAAGGGGGAUACAACACACCAGUUCAUCACACUGUGAUUAAAACUGAAAGCUCAGUAAUAAAAUCUGGGGUCAGACCAGAAGGGAGUGCCAACGAGGAUUACGUCUCGCCCCCCAAAUACAAGAGCAGCUUGUUGAAUCGCUACCUGAAUGACUCGUUGAGGCAUGUCAUGGCCACAAACGCAGCCAUGCUGGAAAAAACGAGGCAAAGGAAUCAUUCGGGCUCAUUUAGCUCCAACGAAUUUGAAGAGGAACUGGUGUCUCCGUCAUCUUCUGAGACCGAAGGCAAUUUUGUUUACCGGACAGAGACUCUGGAGAAUGGACCAAACAAGUGUGAAAGUGCAGCUAACAGAAAGAGAUCAAACAAAGACGAGACCUAUUGGAAGGAGAUCAACGCAGCAAUGGCCUUAACAAACCUUGCACAAGGAAAGGACAAACUACAGGGAACCACCAGCUGCAUCAUUCAGAAGUCAUCCCAUAUAUCAGAAGUAAAGACUGUCAAAAUGCCACUAGUACCACCGUUUUAAAGAGAGUUUUUUCUUUUCUUUUCGCCACAAGUGGACAUUUAUCGUGCUGUUUAGUUUUUCCAUAAAGUCAAAUUGGGAGAUCGGAAGCAAGUAUUGAAGAACAGAUUCCUUUUAUAUUAUGGUCAGUAAAAAUAAUAAUUGGUGCAGCCCAUUAGGAAGUUCUCAAGCACAAACAGCAUGAAAUUGAAUGGGAGGUGCUACACAAGAGCAUGGCACACAGCUCCCAUUCAUUUUAAUAGUGAUUGCACGGGAAAACUUCCCAAUGGAUUGUGCUUAGUUAUGGCAAUAAACAAAUGCUCUCUCAGGCUCAGAUACUUUGGCUGACAUACUGCACAAUAUACAUGCAUGUUGCAACAUAAUGUUCAAACCGUUGUGCAAGUGUGCUCUUGCACAAGGGCAGAAAUUGUGCAGACAGAAUUGCACACUAGUAUGGCCAUUGGAAACAAUUGCCAUGCUAUUGUGCAACCAAAUUUUCACAGUGUUUUUGUCUGCAGAACGGCACAAAUGUACGUUGAAACACGCAUGUAACAUUGCUCAAUAUGUCAGCCAGUUUGAUUUCUUAGCUAAAAUGUAAAAUCAACUCUAUAAAGGGCAUGUAAAUUUUAGGAAAAAAACCAACCUUCCCCUUAAAAAAAAAUCAAACUAUUAACUUAUUUUAUUGUAUUAAUCAAACUGCACAUUAAGUGUCUGCAUUGCUAUAACAAUAAGUGCCUUGCUUUCUUACAAUUAGCUAGAACGUGGGCAUAGCUCAAGACAACUGUGCCUCAAAGUGUCAAUGCCAUAAUGCUUAACCUUUGCAUGUACUGCUAAAUGCAUCCUGACCAGUUUAAAGCUGACCUCAGAAAGGGUGAAGAAUAGUAACUUUUUUUGUUUUGUUUUAAGGCCCUGGAGCAUCUGGCAUGUUGUUUGCCUUAUAUGAAGCAGAGACUAGCAAAUCUCUGCAGUAAAAUUGCUACAUCUUAUAAAGGAAAGUCCACCACAUUACCAAACAGUGUACAGUUUCUUUGGCUCAAGUAAAAAAAGGAGUUGCUAUGCACAUAUUGUUUUUCCUGCCUGCAUUUGCUGUAUCUUAAAAUACCAAAAUAAUUACUUUGAGAAGUGCAAUACAGUAGCAAAGAACUCAAAACUUUUAAAGGAACAUCCUGACUGCUUUCCUUAAGGGCAUUUACCCGGGACCUGCAACAGCUCUUGCUUCAAUCACUUUGUAAUGAGAAUGUAAAAACCUGCAUUGUCCAGAGUGGUUAUUCACAUUAACAGUGCCUCUCCUCAGAUUCUCUUUUGCAUUGACACUGAUCAGAGGUUAACACAAAUAGCAAGACAGAAGCUCCAAGGCAGUUUAAGCUCCACAUAGGAAAACAGUUUUUAAUUCUGUACAGUUAAGACAUUUAAAUAAAAUAAGCACCCACUGUGAUAAAAUCCUGGUUGCCAUGAAAACCGUGGAUAGAUCUCGUUUACUUUUAAACCCUCCACUUGACUUAUUGAAACUGUUAUGUGAGUAAUUAAAGCAGAUCUCUUUUUUGGUACCAGAUCCUGUGCUUUAGUUUAUUAUUUAUACUGGAGCUCAAUAACUUUCCACGACGGAAACUGUUAUUGCCUUAAUGCAUCCAGAAUGUUGUUUUAUUUUGGUACGGAAUGUAUCAAAUAAAGACAAUCCCCAUUUCAGUGAAGGCGGAGGGAGGGGGGGGAAUGCAUUAUGAAGUCUAUAUAUUAUAUAAAGUGAAAAGUCCAAAUUAAAAACAUGUGGGACAAACAAACCACUGAACAACUGUGGCACUGAAGCAAUCUAAAGUCAAAGUAGAUGCUAAAUUAGGCAUUUAAAACAACAUUUUAAACCUCUAAAUUUGACUGCCAUUGAGUGAGGUGAGUUGUAUAAAAUCAGGUUUUUGGAGGUAUACAGGAUUUUUCUUCAACCCUACAUAAAUAUUCUAAUCAGGUUCACCUCUUGAAUAAGCAACAGUAAAGCCAAAUAUAGUUUAUAUUGAGUUGGUAAAAAGAAAACUGGAAAAAGAGUUGAUUGUCCAUGGUCCAGUUCAGGGGAAAGUUGAAACCUGGUUUAUUUUCCUAAAAGGGAGUUGAAUGUUACAUCCGAAUAAUGGUAUGCAGAUUAAUUUGGUAAAUGCAGCUGAGGAGCCUAGUUUUCAAAGGGGUUCAUGAUCCAGGAAAACUGGUAAUCCUUUUCACUCAACCCUGUGUUGUCCUAGAUCAAAUGAACCCUGCCUGUAUCUGGUAAAGCAGAGCUGUGAUGGAUUGCGGUAUCGCCACAGCUCCAUUGGUCAGGCAUAAAAUCCAAGGACAAAUCCAGCCCAUCCCUGCAUAUGCCAAUAGGUGCAUGCAACCCUCCCGGGAACAUAGCGCUUCAUGUGUAAGAGGACUGCUGGGGAGAAGGGGUUGUUGCAGCACCUGAUGCCAAGUGGGGUUGGAUUUUCUCAUACAUUUGCUAGUUUGCUUAUAUGCUUGCUUGUUCAAAUUCAGGCAAUACAGCUAGAAUAAAAUUAACCACCAGGUUUCAGUGGGUGGGUUUGCAUGAUUGCUGCCAAAUCAAGAAGCAAGUGUGCACUCCCGGCGGGUGUGUUGUGUGAACUUUCCAGCUGGAAGUUCCUGAUCCAUCUUGCCCAAGAUUCUACCAACUUCCUCUGCCCAACUUUAAAACUUGGUUAUGGAAGUCUGGUGGAAGUUUUUAGAAUCUUGGGCAGACAGGUUGGGAACCACUGGUUGGUGGACUGGAAUUACACAAAUACUGACUUGGUGGUGAUCGUGUGAACCACCCAGCGUUAAAUCUCUACCGGAUCUUUGGACAACCUACUAAAUUUUCAUAGGGGUGCAGAGGAAUUUAUCAAAAGCAGGUGGCUAAGUUAUCAAUUUCUAAUUUGUGGGGGAUGUAUAUGGCAAUCUUCCAUACAGAGCAAGAAGGAUCAAACCCUUGGUGAAGCUGACUUUCAGGUAUGCAAAAUGUUUCUCAAGCAUAGCCAGUUCCAAUUGCACUAAUAUAAUCUAGAUAUAAUCUAGAAUGUAAUCUAGAAGCAGGUAUCAGCCUUGAUGUAACUUGUAGAAUGCGUCUUGAUGUAACAUAGCAAUUUGUGGUUGUGGUUGUUCUUUUUUAAAGUGUACAAUUAAAAAUGAUUUGAUAUGAAAAAUAUUUUGUACAUAAAUAUAUAUAUUUUUACUUUUUUUCUAAAUGGCUGUUUUGCAUUGACAUAAAAGCAGGAAAUAUAUGUUACGACUGUAUGAACGGUUGAAGUAUACUUUGGAUGGACUUGCAUCAUUAUGCAAAAAACGGCUCCUACAAGAACGACAUUUGAGACCUAAUCUACUGGAUUUUGUCAUAACAAUGUGAGUUUUUAAAUAAAAUCAGAAAGUAAACACUUCGCUUUAGUUCAUACUAUGGUAAGUUAUUCUGGUAUUAACUAUUUUGUGACAAUAAACUGUCUUGCCAAACUUUUCUGUAA